AUGAAGUUCAAUUUUUGCCACGCAGUUCUAUUGUUUCUUAUCGUCGCUAUCGCUCUGGGCCAAGCCAGGCCCUCUGGCGACCGGAUCAAGCGGCAAAACAUGGAACAGCUCAAACCCUGGAUGGAAUGGGGCAUCAAGUACGGCGGAAUCAUGGGUACAACCGUUGUAAUCCCAGCGGCUCAGGAAGCGGCCAGUAUUGCUUCUGCAGGCAGAGAAGGUGGUGGCGAGGAAGGACAAAGUUAA